AUGACUAGAAGCCCAUCGUCGUCGUCUUCUACGAUACCUCGAGAUCCUGCGGUUGCGUCGCGCGCGAGCAAACGAAGCAUUGAACAAGUCCACGAUUGUCUACUUAUUGGUAGCCUGGAGGAACUCGCGGCCAGAAAGAACGCGCCUGUCUCGCUCACAGAUAUUCGUGAUGUAUUACUAAAACAAUUGCUGGGCGGUGAGCAGACGAAUAUCAAGCAUACGGUACUUUUCGUGUGUGAAGAGGUGCCAGAUUUGCGGCCGAAGGAGGUGGCCCGUCAGGCUACACUAAGCGGAGAGAAGGACGCAGCUGUGGCAGCGAACGUUGAUUUGCUGGAAGGUCUAGAGAAUGACUAUCAAUAUCAGUGUCGGCUAUCCGAAGGUGACAGUAUUCCGCGGUGCGAUGCCACGCUUCUCCGAUUCCCUGUGUCGGAGCGUGACAAAGAGAAAGAGAAGCAUGCGGCCAAGAAGGCUGUCAAGAAGAAGAUUAAGAAAUUCAAGAAAAGCUCAGGUGAGAGUGCCAAGCCGAGUGCGGAAUUUUACGUGCUGUCACCAGAUGAGCUGAGGGUGCAUCUGCCGUCGGUCCCGUUUGAGGAUGCUGGUGCCGCAGCUGAGUAUGUCUCGACGAAGGCUCUGCUGGAUGGCGAGACACGGUCUGACAAGCAACUUUUUCUUGCUCUUGACUGCGAGAUGUGCCGUACGACAAAAGGCGUGGAGCUCACGCGCGUCACGCUGAUUGACGCAAGCGAAAAGGUUUUGCUGGACGAGUACGUGCGACCUAAAAAUCCCAUUGUCGACUAUUGCACGCAGUAUUCCGGCAUCACACGCGAGAUCAUGGAGGCUACCGAUAUCCGGCUAGCAGAUAUCCAGAAGAGGUUUUUGAGUCUUGUUCCUGCGGAGGCCAUCUUGGUGGGUCACUCAAUUGAGAAUGACUUACUAGCUCUGAGAGUGUUGCACCGACGCGUUAUCGAUACAGCGUGCAUGUAUCCGCACCCGAGAGGGCCUCCGUUCCGUUCCGCAUUGCGAUUUUUGACGAGCCAAUUUCUCAGCCGGGUGAUUCAGACAAACACAGACGGUCAUUGUAGUGUGGAGGACGCGGUAGCGACGCUGCAAUUAGCACAACUCAAGAUCAAGCGCGGACCUCUUUUUCCACGUAUCGAGCACGAAUACAAGCAAAAGAAGGUUGUGCAUGAAAUGGCCCAGGCCAAAAAGUCGGUCCUCAUUGUGGACUCGCAGCGGUCUUGUAGAUCGCUGAGUGGCGGUGUUGCCUGCAUCAUACCGCGCGAAGAUUCUCGCGAGGUUAUCCAGGCAGUCGUACAUCAACUUACUACUGGCUUUCCACCGCACCUUACGUGGGCACGCGUGCGUGAAGUCAAGCGCUCGGAGAUCGUGAAGUAUGUCUUGGAGAUUAAGGCGAAUUUGCCCAAGCACUCGUGCCUUGUAACGGUGAUUUGCGGAGAUACCAGCGACUUACGCGCGCUCCAUAAAUGUCGAACAGCGCGGAUUGAUCCACGAAGCUCGCUAAUGUGGGAUAAGGAGCAGCAAGAUCGUUUGAAUGCGACGGCGUUGGCAACUCAGACAGGAAUUGUACAUGUCUACUUGCAGUGA